AGUCGCGGCUCUCACCAGCUGCCACGAGCCAAGACAGUAUAAAAGCUGGACCUCUGCUCUGACUCAACACCAGAUCCUUUCGGGAUUAUUCGCAUAUCAGCUUCUUUUGCUUCUACCUUGUGGAACCUGACCAGCCUCACCAUGACUCUGGAGGAAGUUCCCGUGCAGAACUGCAGUGAGAAAGCUCGCCGCACCGGCGAGGCUCUGCAGGAGGCCCUGGAGUCCGCCCAGGCCAACGAGUGCCUCACCAUCGGCGUUUACGAGUCUGCCAAAGUCAUGAAUGUCGAUCCUGACAGCGUGGCUUUCUGCGUGCUGGCGAUGGACGAGGAGUUCGAGUGCGACAUCGCCCUGCAGAUCCACUUCACCCUCAUCCAGGCUUUCUGCUUCGACAACGACAUCAGCAUCGUGAGAGUGAGCGACGCGCAGCGCCUCGCUGAGCUGCUGGGAGACAAAGCGGGGCAGCUGGAAGACGCGCACUGCGUGCUCAUCACGAACCCCACCGAGGGCUCGUGGGAAGACCCCGCUCUGGAAAAGCUGCACGUGUUCUGCGCAGAGAGCCGCAGCUGCCACGAGUGGGUUCCGGAAGUGAGUCUGCCCGCGCGCUGAGCCUCUCUGCACUGCGCUGCUGCUGCACGUUUGAAGGAAAUACUCUCCUCAUUCUGAGGAUCGAGGAUGAUUCUGAUGAAGCUCCUGUGGAGGCUCAUGAAUGCGCGAACGCGCGCGUGGACAGGCCCGGGCGGCGCUCGUGUCGCUCUUCGUGCCACGCGCACGUCGAGCCGAGCCCCCUCCUCGUUUGUGUGAGUGAGGGGUGUCCCGGGCCGAGAGCGAGCCGAUGGCCCUCAUUCUUUGUGCGGAUGAGGUUUGGAGAGGAAGGAGAAGCGAGUUGGGCGGCGAACGGGGCGAUGCGUUGGAGGCGCAGAGGAGGCGGGUCUUCGAGUCGAAGAGGCGGAGCUUCGGCUGAACAGGCUGAGCUUCGAACAGAGCAGGAGAAGCUUCCAGCCGAAUAAGCGGAGCUUGUGGCCGAAGAGGCGGAGCUUUUAGCCGAAGAGGCGGGGCUUCUGGCCAAAAAGGUGGAGCUUUUAGUCGGACUGCACUCCACCACGCCCACUUUCCCCAGUAGAGGCACCUCACUGCGGGCAAUAAGCUUUCCACUCUCCAGAAGGGUCUUAUUCUCUAAAGGGUUCACUUUAGAUUUUACUGCAUAUGAGGAAGGAGGAAAAACAUCUCCAAAGGUUUCAUUAUGGAAAUAUUUGAGAUGUCAGAAAAGAAGAAAAAAAUCUGAAAAUUAAAUCUCCAAGUUUCACUUUGGAAAUCUUGAGAUUAGAAGGGGGGAAAUUCUGAUGGUUUUACUUUUGAAAUAUCUGAUCUCAAAAAAAAAAAGCUCAGAAGGUUUCACUCUGGAAAUAUC